AUGCAAGUCGUUUUCGCCGCAGUGGACGCAUACAUCGGCCCGAAAGCGCUAGCCAUAGUAGCGAAGGAAUGGGGCAUCGAGGCAGCACACGAGCCUGGAGGCGAGGUGGACCCUGGAUACUUGCAGUUCAAGCGGAUACAGAGCGGAGAUGCACUACCAGACGCGUUCACGAGGCAGGCACCAUGGGCCUGGAACGUCACAACCACACACAAAAUCACCAAGACAGACGAAUUUGGCAGCGAAAAUGCGCCACCAAGCCCACACGCCCUCGCAAACUCGCCCGUACCAUCAGACGAAGCUGGACAAUCCUUCGUCAGAGCACUCAUCGGUGCUCUCCACAUACACCUCGGAUCGCCCCUCGUCAAGCGCUUUUUCCGCGACCACUUCCUCAGCCGACAUCUUGACGUCAGCACUUUAUUCGACUUCCGCCAACCCACCCGCGAUCUCUCACGGCUGUGCGCACGAGAAGGCUUCGAACCGCCUGUUGCCCGUAUAAUCUCCGAAACCGGCCGAUUGAGCAGACAUCCCGUCUUCGUGGUGGGCGUAUACAGCGGAACCGACAAGCUCGGAGAAGGAGCCGGCAGCUCCCUGGACGAAGCACGCGUACGCGCAGCCGCAGCCGCAAUGAAGGCCUGGUACCUGUACAAACCCGUCGAGGUCACGGUGCCAAGCAGCACGGAGAGCGAGCUGGACGCGAGCAAGUGGCGGCCGAACAUGAUCGACUGUGGCGAGGUAAUUGUGUAA